AUGAAGACUAACGACACUGGAUCAAACUAUAAAGAGAACAUACAUGAUCCGAAUAAAGUACGAACAAAACCGACCAAGACAACAUAUUUUUUCCAGCCUACCAAUACGCUAGCAUAUAGAGAUAGGGACUCUAAAGAACAGAAGGAUGGGGCGACGAAUAAUGGGACACCAAAUGUGUUGAAGGAAUCAGACCCGAAUGCGGUAUCAUAUACGAUCCCGCUGGUGCAACAGAUCAAGACCCCGUCAAAAACAUAUGAAAGCUACGAGAAGUUUAUUCAGGAGCAGCAGAGUUCGGAUGACAGUUUUGAGGGUAUACGAUGGAGAACAAGCCCCCGGAAGGGGAUCUGCAAAGGCGUGGGUGGAAUGCCAUCCUCCCCAUUGAAAAAUACUGUAUCACCGAAGAGAAGGGGAGAGGAACUGAAGCUGUCGUCUACAUUAGUGAAUGAACAAGCCAAUUCGGUGUUAUCGAAGUAUGGAGCCGGAUUCCAUAACAUUCUGUCGCAAACUCCAACGAUGAACAGGACGCAUUCAGAUAUCUCAUCAUCGGAAAGUGUACAUAAAAAGUUUAUCAAUGCACAACAGUCACCUUCAUUGACGCGUACGAAGUCUUUUGGAAUAGAUACUCUUGCUAGCUCAAAGACAAAUAAGCUCUACCGGUUUGAGCGGCCAAAUUCCAAAUCUGCAACGCCUAAAACAACCGCAUCCUUAUCAAACUCUACCUCGCUUAACAGCUGGAUCGAUAAGUUUGACAAAAGUAAUCUGAAGCUGGGAUCCUUUCCAUGUGCUAUUGAUUUGAAGACCAUGGCUCCGUCAACUAAUGAGAUAAUAAAUUCGGCUCAACACACAAAUAAUGAUAACGAAAUUAAGCAUAUACAUGAGCCUAAUGCUAGUAUACAUGAAGAUCUUGUUGCUCCAGACGUUUUAAAUGGCAUUGAUUUCAGUGAUGAUUUCAGUGACUCUGGCUUGAUGACUUCUCCCAAUAAACCUGAAGACCGUGGUAAAAUCGAGCCAGUGCUGGUUGAUUCUGAUGAUCCAUUUUCAUCUGAUGAUGAGAUAGUAUUGACCGCUAUGAGAACGCAAUCGAAGAGCUUGGAGACAAAGUCCGAAAUUAUUGAUGAGGAUGACUCGGAAGAUCCGUUUUCUGAUGAUGAUGUAAAGUUUUCACAACUCGAUACGAAAAUAGAGACUCGACCUUCAUCUUCCUCCCAAAAACAUUUGAGUACUCAAGAAAAGUCAGAUAUUCGUCAUGCAGAAUCGUUUCAAAAUGAUAUAAAGAGACUAGAAGAUCUUCAGUCAAUUUGCAAGGGUACUAAUGACGGUACUGUAAUUAAUGACUCAAAGUUAUCGUAUUCCCGUCCUGAUUUACAACGAUUUCAAAUCAAGUCUAUUUUGAAUAAUACAUAUAAAGUUCAAAAUAGAAUUAGAAACCAAGCAAUCUUGACUGUUGUUGAUGGAAGCUUGGAAGAACUGAAAUUAAUUCUUAGAGGAGAAUACUUACAACUUGAUUUUCAAAUUCAUGAUGUAAUUCAUUUAAUCCUCACUGAUCCUUCGCAUCCAAAACUCGUUGAUGAUACCCAUAAUUUGCUAAUUUGGAAUCCAGAUAUAUUAGUCUCAGCUACAACUGUAUCUCAGCAAAUGGGGUGUCCUAGAAAGAGUGUUCUAAUCAAUCGACUAAGCUUUCCCGGUGAAUCAUCUGUUCCUUUAAUUGUAGGUAUAAUUACUCAUGAAAUUUUUCAAUCUUGUUUCCAUAAUGAAAAUUGGAGUAUGGACUACAUGAAAGGAUUAAUGGAAUAUGAAAUUCAAUCAAAGCUUCUCCUGAUUUAUAGCAUCGGAAAUGAAGUAGAAAAGGUAAGGACUGAGAUUCAGAAUCAAUUACCAUAUCUAGAGACAUGGUUCAAGACCUACUUCAAGAAGCCUUUGUCGUCACAUACUUCAAUUCCUACAAAUCAUGGAAAUCAAAAAGUAAUGUUUGCUGUUAACAAAGCUUUGGAUAUUGAAGAAAACAUUUGGUCACCAAUGUUCGGCCUUAAAGGAAAAGUAGAUGUAACUCUUGAAGCACAAUUAUUUGAUCAAACUACAAAUGGUAAAUAUUUAUUACCGAUGGAAAUUAAGACUGGUAGGGAAUAUAUUAGUCACCAUGCUCAGUCUUCUUUAUAUUCUUUACUAUUCAAAGAUAGAUACGACAUGGAUGUUAACAUGUUUUUGUUGGUAUAUACAAAAGAAAGAAUAUCAAAGAAAUAUGAUAUCAGUCGUACCGAUUUAAAAUCUUUAGUUAAUUUGCGUAAUCGAAUCACAAAAUACUUUAAAUCAGGAACGAGAGAGCUUCCAGAAUUGAUAAAGCAAUCUCAAUGUGAUCGUUGUGAAGUCCAGCAGGCUUGUAUGACUAUUAAUAAAUUAGUGGAAAAUGGAACAGCCGAAGAAAGUGGAUUACCAAAAGAUGUUUAUGAACAUUUAACGCUCCAUUUGGAGAAUGAUAAACAAUCAAGAGGUUUUUAUAACUAUUGGGAUAAUCUUAUUACUCAAGAAGAAGGUAUAAUGACGAACUUAAAAAAAGAUUUAUGGACUCUUACUGCUAAAGAGCGUGAAAACACUAAAGGCAAAGCUUUAUCAGACCUUAUUAUUAAGGACUCAAAUGAUAAUGAUGAUUUCCAGGAUGAGUUUUUCUAUACCUUUGAGAGGCGCAAUAAUGCAAAGUCUUUACAGAAUUCACAAUUAAUCAAGUAUGAUAGAAUUAUUAUAAGUGACCAAGAGGGACAUUUUGCAAUCGCACAAGGGUUUAUUAUUGCCAUCAGGCCUAGCUUUAUAAAAGUCUCAGUUAAUAGGCGAAUUGUUAAUUCGAACCUCAAAAUGGAUGGUUUUAACAAGACGGAUAAUCAAACAUUUCAAAGUGUGCUUCAUAAAAACCUGCAGUUCCAAAAACUGAAUCAAUUGUACCGUAUAGAUAAAGAUGACAUGUUUCAUGGUAUGGGCUUGGCUAGAUACAAUAUUUUGAACUUGUUCCUAAAGGAUGGUGACUCACGUAGACGGGAAGCAAUUGUAAACUUACAAGAACCAAAGUUUAUACCAUCAAAGUUACAGUAUGAUAUUUCUUCGGAAAAUUUCAAUAGCGAUCAAAUUGGUGCAUUUGAUAAGAUUUUAAGUACGAAGGACUAUUCAUUAAUCUUAGGAAUGCCAGGAACUGGGAAAACUACUGUGAUAGCACAAAUAAUUAAACUUUUGGUAGAAAAUAAGAAAACCGUUUUGUUAGCCUCCUAUACACAUUCUGCUGUGGAUAAUAUACUUUUGAAGGUUAAAGACUACGGAAUUGACAUUUUGAGGAUUGGAUCACCUUUAAAAGUUCAUAAAGAUAUUAGAAAAUAUGUUGCAGGCUUUGAUGCAAACAAGCAGAUCAAAAAUUAUGAUGAUUUUAUUGCCACUUAUAUGACACCUUCGGUAGUAGCUACCACAUGUUUAGGGAUUGGAGACAUUGCUUUCAAUUUGAGAACGCAUUUUGAUUAUUGCAUUAUCGACGAAGCCUCUCAAGUAUCGCUACCUAUUAGUAUCGGUCCAUUGCGAUUUUGCGAUAAGUUCGUAUUGGUAGGUGAUCACAAUCAGCUACCUCCAUUGGUCCAGCACCCAAACCCUGCUAUUAAGCAAGGUUUAUCUCGUUCUUUGUUCAAAAUAUUGAGUGAGACGUACCCACAAAGCGUUGCUGAAUUAACUUAUCAAUACCGAAUGUGUGAGGAAAUCAUGUUGUUAUCAAACGUAUUGAUAUAUGGCGGACGCUUAAAAUGUGGUUCAGAAAAGGUUGCUAAGCAAUGUUUAUAUAUUCCAAAGCCGAAUAUGAUAGAAAAUCAAAUAUCCUCACAAUAUCUUACAAAGUUACGAAAAGAAGAUUUAUGGAUUGACACUAUUUUAAAGCCAGAGAAUAAGGUAAUUUUCAUUAACCAUGAUGAUGUUCCAGGAAUUGAAAGGACAAUAGGUGAAAAAGUUGAAAACUUAGUUGAAGUGAACUUGAUUAAACAAAUAGUUGAAAGUUUAACUAUGUGUGGUGCUAAUGAAUCGAGUAUUGGAGUAAUGUCCUUGUACAGAUCGCAAUUAAGAUUAUUGCAUAGAGGGUUACAGCAUAAACCAGAUGUGGAAGUAUUAACGGCCGAUCAAUUUCAAGGCAGAGAUAAAGAUUGUAUAAUAAUUUCGUUAGUGAGAUCAAACAAAGAGAAUAAGGUUGGUGAUCUUCUAAAGGAGUGGAGAAGAGUUAAUGUUGCGAUAACGAGAUCUAAAUCAAAACUCAUCAUAUUAGGUUCUAAAUCUACUUUAAAAAGUGUCAAAAUGUUGGAGGCCUUUAUGGCUCUUAUUGAAAGUAGAGGGUGGAUGUAUGAUUUACCUCCAAAUGCAGACAAAUUUUAUGAGUUUGCAUUCAUUGAAAACCUAAGCAACCCAGAAAGAAAUGUAAAGCCGAAGGCAAAUCAAAAUUUAACCAAAAAUUCUAGAAUUAUAAAUAACAAUCCGCUUAUAAGAGAUAUAAUUAAUGACAUGACAAAUUAA